CUUUUCUUCCUGUUUAAAACUGGAGAACUGUCUUUGUAAAAUAUAAACACAUAACCUUCUGGUGUUGUUUAACUUGACUUGUUUUGUGGAAAUAGUCCAAUAAAGGGAGAAGACAACACGGCUGGGUGUUAUGCUGUCGGACACAGAUUAUGGAGGAGUGGCGUGCAUACGCUCUCGAGGGAAGAAGAGAACCGCAGCAGAGACCUCGUCCUCAGCGGCUGUAGGGGACAGCCACUCCAUGCGUCCAUCCAGACAGGCUCCCGGUGGCAGGGGCAAAAGGAGCGGCAAUGUUUCUACAGCGCAGGCAAACCCCAAAAGAAAGAUGGCUGACGUGGAGGAAGAAGAGGAACAGGUGGAGAAGAAAUUCCGGAAGUGUGAGAAGGCAGGCUGCCCGGCCACGUACCCGGUGUGCUUUGCCAGUGCAUCAGAAAGGUGUGCAAAAAAUGGCUACACGUCUCGAUGGUACCACUUAUCCUGCGGAGAACACUUCUGCAACGAGUGCUUCGACCACUAUUACAGGAGCCAUAAGGACGGUUACGAGAAAUUCUCAGAUUGGAAGAAGCUGUGGACCGGAAACGGGAAGAGCGAACCAAGUCUCAAAGCCUUCAUGGCGGAUCAGCAGCUUCCGUACUGGGUGCAGUGUACCAAACCCGACUGUGGGAAGUGGCGGCAGCUCACUAAAGACAUCCAGCUGACAGCUUCUCUGGCUGCGACGUACCGCUGUGGAAUGAAGCUCAACAACGUUAAAAACGAAGGACCAGAUCAGUGUGCUCAGCCUGAGGACAUGCGAGUGGCCGGAGUGGGAGACAGUUGGUGGUCAUCCAUGUUGAUUCUGCCCCCUCUGUUGAAAGACAGCCCGGCAAACCCUUUCCUCACUGCGUAUUACCCCGACUGCGUGGGAAUGAGCCCGUCCAGCUCUCAGUGCGACUUGCGGCCAGAGCAGCGCCGCAACAUUCAGCCUCAGAUUCCAGGUUUGUGCUCCUACUUCCAGCCCUUCUACCAGCCCAAUGAGUGCGGUAAAGCCCUGUGUGUGCGUCCAGACAUGAUGGAGCUGGACGAGCUCUACGAAUUCCCAGAAUUCUCCAGGGAUCCCACCAUGUAUCUCGCUCUACGUAACCUCAUCCUCGCCGCUUGGCAUCGAGACUGCAAGGAGGCUCUGACGCCCCAGAAGUGCGCCCCUCAUGUCAUUGUGCGCGGUUUGGUGCGGGUACGCUGCGUGCAGGAGCUGCACAGAGUUCUGCACUUCAUGACCCGCAAAGGUUUAAUCAACACCGGAGCUCUCCUGUCCAGACAGCCUCUUCUCCCAGCGCCGUAUCGCGAUAAGAAAGUGUUGGUGAUCGGAGCGGGAGCGUCGGGUCUCGCUGCUGCCAGACAGCUGCACAACUUCGGCAUGCAGGUGGUGGUGCUGGAGGCCAGGGAGAGAAUCGGAGGGCGGGUUUGGGAUGACACGUCGCUGGGCGUCACUGUGGGCCGAGGCGCGCAGAUUGUUAACGGAUGUGUGAACAAUCCCAUCGCUCUAAUGUGUGAACAGCUAGGAGUAAAGAUGCACAAGCUAGGCGUGCGCUGCGAUCUGAUCCAGGAGGGCGGUCAGCUCACCGAUGUGUCCGUGGACAAGCGCAUGGACUUUCACUUCAACGCCAUACUGGACGUGGUCUCCGAGUGGAGGAAGGACAAGUCGCAGAACCAGGACGUCCCGCUCGGGGAGAAGAUCCAGGAGGUGUAUAAAACCUUCCUGCAGGAGUCGGACAUCCGCUUCAAUGAGCUAGAGGAGAAAGUGCUGCAGUUCCAUCUCAGCAACCUGGAGUAUGCUUGUGCAAGCCCACUGGAACAGGUUUCUGCUCGAUCAUGGGACCACAACGAGUUCUUCGCUCAGUUCUCAGGGGACCACACACUGCUGACUGCAGGCUACUCAACUCUGCUGCACAAACUAGCCCAUGGCCUCGACAUUCACCUCAACACUGCAGUGCAGUCUGUAGAUUACUCGGGUGACAUAGUGAAGGUCAGCACCACCAGCGGAGCCCAGUUUACUGCUCAGAAGGUUUUAGUGACGGCUCCUUUAGCGCUUCUACAGAAGAACAUCAUUCAGUUUAACCCUCCUCUUCCAGACAGGAAGCUCAAAGCCAUAAACAGUUUGGGGGCCGGAGUCAUCGAGAAGAUUGCAUUGCAGUUCCCCUACAGAUUCUGGGACAGUAAGGUACAGGGAGCGGAUUACUUCGGUCACGUUCCUCCGUGUCCAGAGAAGAGGGGCUUGUUCAGUGUGUUUUACGACAUGAGACCAAAGGGAGAUCAGUGUGUGCUGAUGUCGGUGAUCACAGGACAUGCCCAGGCCAUGGUGAAAGAUCUUGAAGACAAGGAAGUGGUGGAGCUUUGCAUGAACGUCCUCAGGGACCUCUACAAGGAGCAGGAUGUUCCAGAUCCCGUGAAGUAUUUUGUGACCCGUUGGUGCAAAGACAAAUGGUCUCAGAUGUCCUACAGCUUCGUGAAGACAGGUGGCAGCGGGGAGGCCUACGACAUCAUCGCCGAAGACGUGCAGGGGAAGAUCUUCUUCGCCGGCGAGGCUACAAACCGACACUUUCCUCAGACAGUAACCGGCGCAUACCUGAGCGGUGUACGCGAGGCGAGCAAGAUCGCAGCACUGUGACGCGACCGAAAGCCUGGGACCUUCAAAAAACGAGCUUCCACAAUUCCUCUACAGCAGACGUUUCAAACUCCAAUCAGGAACUUUUACGGGUGUGGCGAUAUUUAUUACUGUAGCAGCAUUGCACGCAAUGUAGUGUACCUCAUGUACAUUACUCCACGGUGUCUUCGUCUUUAGAGUCACGGAAAUGAUAAGAUGCUUGUUCGAAAAUAUUGACCUGUUCGAUGUUGAGGAACUUUUUGUUAUUUGUUGAGGAUUUUUGUCAGCUCUUUUCCAACAUAUGACCAUCCGCGUAAUAUUGAGUAGAUCCCCCUUUUGCCACCAAAACAGUGAUGUACUGUGUGUUCUGACGGCUUUCUGUCGGAACAAGCAUUAACCUUUUCUUUAGUUUAAUCUACUGUACACUAGCGCUACUAUUGGAUUAGACUACACAAGCCAGUCUUUACUCCCGAUGUGCGUCAGUGAGCCUGUCGGUUUUCCCUUCUUAGAUCACUUUUGGUACGUCCUGACCAAACUGCAGCCUGGGAACAUUCCACAAGACCUACAGUUUUGGAGUUGCUCUGUUCCAGUUGUCUAACUAUUACAAUCUGGCCCUUGUCAAAGUUAAUCAAAUCCUUAUGCUUGCCUAUUUUUUCCGCUUCCAACACUUCACUCGCUGCUUAAUAUACCCCACUUCCAGUCAUCAUUGUGACAAGAUAUUGCAAAUAUAGCUACUGUGAGAAGGGCUAAAUUGUAUUGGCUAGACGACCGAGUCAGAGCGACUCCAAAACAGCAGGUCUUGUGGGAUUUUCUCGAUCUGCUGUGGUCAGGACAUACCAAAAGUGAUCCGAGGACGGAAAAAAACGGUAAUCUGGUGACAGGGUUAUGGGUGGCCGAGGCUCACUGAUGCACAUGGAGACUGAAGGGUAACUCGUGUAGUGUGAUCCAAAGGAAGAUCUACAGUAGAUCAACUUGAGGAAAAUGUUCAUGCUGGAUGUGAUAGAAAUGUGUCAGAACACACAGUUUUGGUUUCAAAAGGGGGGCCUACCAAAUACCAGGACAGCGGUCAAAAUGCUUAUAUAGUUUGUUUUGUCAGGAAAAGGUCUCCACAGAGAAUACAAUCUAGAUUUCCUUUUUUUGUUGUUGUUGCAUUGAACAAAAACGUGAAUAUUUCUUCUGAAGAAAAAAAAUUGUAACUUGACCUCCACACUUAUAUAAUGUAACAUAACCUAAUGAAGCAUUUAAGUAUUUGUGUAAGUGUGUGUGUUUAAUAAUAAUAAUAAGUGAUUUCUUAUAAAAGUUACACAUUUGUGAAAGCACUGUUCAGGAUCUUUGUGUGUGAGUGAUCUGGAUAAUUUACUGUACAUUUUUUCUUUUAUUAUAACUGACGUCUCAUGUCUGUAUGAACAAAAUUGUAAUAUAUACAUACUGUAAAUUUAUACAGGUAUUUGACUUUUUUCUUGUUGUUUUUUUUUUUACAUAAAUUAUCUGA